GCUAUGAAGUAUGAAGUAUGAAUGCAGCUGAGUGUUAAGUCUUGACUAGUCUCGCAGAUAGUUGCGGAAAAGUUAAAAUAAAUUUAGUGGUUGAGAAAUUUAAACAAACUAUUGAUUUUAUUCGUCUGGAAAAUAUAUUGUGAGGGUUACGCGACCACCAACUAUAAUGGCUGCCACAACAAACGACACAACAGAAGAACGCCGUCGUAGGGUUCUACUUGGGCCUCUACCAGCUGGUUUCUUACGAGCAGAUUCAGAUGGACCGCCUGAAUCUGUUGAUGUAGAUUACGAAGCUGCACUGGCUCUGCAGCAGCAACUUUGUGGAGCUACAAUGCCACCAGCCGGACCUCCUCUUACUGCUCGUCUCAGUGUAACCAUAGUACAAGCUAAGCUGGUAAAGAACUAUGGUCUAACUCGCAUGGACCCCUAUGUUCGUUUGCGCGUCGGUCAUUGCAUAUAUGAGACACAGACGGACCCAAGUGGGGGUAAAACACCGAAAUGGAACAAGAUGAUACAUUGUCUGCUUCCUCCUGGCGUAAAUUCCAUUUACCUGGAAAUCUUCGACGAGUGCUCUUUUACUAUGGACGAACUGAUUGCCUGGACACACAUACAGAUACCCGCUGCUGUACUCAAUGGUGAAACACACGAAGAUUGGUAUCCAUUAACCGGCAAGCAAGGAGAUGGAGUGGAAGGGAUGGUCAAUCUCGUUUUGAGUUACUCAGUUGGCCCAGCAGCAGUACCGACUUUCCCGCCAGUUCUGGUCGUGCCAUCCACCGGUAUGGGCUAUGCUACCAUGCCGAUGUACCCUGCUGGUACUCCCCAUACGUACCCGCAGCAGCAGCCGCAGCAGCAACCGCAACAGCCACAGCCCAUUACGGAGGAAGAACUUGCUCAGAUCUACGAAAUGUUCCCAAGCAUCGACAAGGACGUGAUAAAAUCUGUGACUGAAGUGAACCGCGGGAACAAAGAAGCGACAAUUAACUCGUUACUUCAAAUGUCAGAAUAAUGAAUGUAUGCCUUAUAAUCAUGUUUAAGAAUCAUUAAUAUUAAACAGUAGAUUACCUGGAUUCCUAUAUUUUAUCCAUAAUUGUGAAUUUUACCACAGUGCGGGACAAAGUCCCCUUUGUAUGAGUGUGUAAUGGGGGAAAAAUCACGAAUUAACGGGAUUUUCAAAAGCUCUACUUAAUAUUUUGUAAAUUGACUGAAAUGACGGAUAAAUCACAGAGUUAAUUUAAAUACAUUUCAAUGAAUAAUUAUUUACAUAUUCACAGGUAACAAAAACCGUGUGAAAUUGUACAUUCAUACUAGAAGAAGUAAAGAAUAUUGGCCAAAGACCUUGUGUCCAGGGUCAUGUAAAUAUUAAAAAAAAAAACCAAGGGACUUCAAGAAAUUCCAAUUUCAAAACUCUUAUAUCUCAGAUGAUAGGUCAUACUGAGGUCAUGACCCGUAAAAGGUGAACGGCCCCUGGUAGAUUACAAAACAACGAAUUAUUUUACUUUAAUAAAAUUUUAAUGCUACGUUUCACAAGGUUUUAGUUAUUGCCAUUAAAUGCCUUAUUCUGAUAGCUUUUCCAUUAGGUCUUAGUCAAAAAUCGCUAGCAAUUUAUUUACGUGCUCAUAUAUCAAGUAGUUUUAAUUUGUUUAAGAUUGUUUAAAUGAAAUUUCAUAUGCCAUUAUAGCCUUAUAAAUGAUGUUAUUAGCACUAUGCACCUUGCACCUUAUGUAUUUACUGAAGGCUCUACAGCCCACCGGGUCUGCUCGAACAAGAACUUCCAGCCAAGCAGUACUGUGCUUUUUGCUUUCAGUGCGUAAUUCCCAUGGCUUGGAGGUGCAACACACAAGCCUCAAACUUUAUGCCUUAUCAUAAAAAAUCUACUUAUGUUUAGUCGGAGUAAAUAAAAUUAGAUUCACCACCAAAAGCUAUGUAAAAAUAUUUUUUAUUUUGUCUUAAUAAGCAAACGGCAAACGAGUUACACUGUUUUUAUAUAUGUUUAUUAGAUUGUUAAUAUGGCACCUAGCUGAAUACGUGCCAAAUAGUUUGCCACGCUUUAUUUGUAUUAUACCUGUUAUAUUUAUUUAUAAUUAAUAAUAAAUGAUUUAUAAAGUA